AUGUUCCUUUCUCAACUCAAGAAAUUUCACACAAGAGCACCUUCACCUCAAUUAACUCUGCUUUACAGUCAAUCCGUGAAUGCAACUUCAAUAUUAUCUUCAAAGCAAAAUGCAACUAGCGAAUUCAACCCAGCAGAUUACAGUUACACAUAUGCAGAUGAAAAAGAAACCAAGAAUUAUGCUAGCGAGCUGAGCAACUGCGUUAAGGCAUCAAACUUAGGCAGGGCUAGAGCAAUCCACGCAAGACUCGUUAAAACUUCAUGGUUUGUUUUAGAUUCUUUGUAUCUUCACAACCAUUUAAUAAAUGCGUAUGUGAAAUGCGGUGACACUACGAAUGGUCUCCAAUUGUUCAACGAAAUGCCCAAGAAGAACGUCGUAUCUUGGACUGCCCUCAUUGCAGGCUUUGUGCAAAAGGGUUUUCCAAUUGAAGCAUUUUCUCUAUUUUCCCAAAUGCAUAGGAGUGGAAUUAGGCCAAAUGAGUUCAGUUUUGUGAGUGCACUCCACACAUGCUCAUUUUCGGAAAACUUAAGCUUAUUACACGCCUAUCAAGUUUAUGCGAUGAUUAUUAGACUUGGAUUUGAGAAUAAUGUAUUCUUAGUGAAUGCAUUUUUGACUGGUUUAAUAAGUCAUGGUAUGCUAGAAGAAGCUAUGGAGGUGUUUGAAGGAUGUUUUCAGAGAGACAUUGUGUCUUGGAAUGCUAUAUUCGGUGGUUGCUUGAAGUUUUCUUGUGAAGAUAUUCCAGGGUUUUGGUGUAGGAUGAUUAUUGAAGGAGUGGUGCCAGAUGAGUUUACUUACUCUACUGUGCUUACCGGGAUGGCUGAGCUUUCAAAUCUUGUAAUCGGAUUGCAAGUUCAUGCACGACUUGCAAAGUCUGGUCAUGGAAGUGAUAUGUGUGUGGGGAACUCAUUGGUGGAUAUGUACUUGAAAAGUCGGAGGAUGUGUGAUGGUUUGAAAGCCUUUGAGGAGAUUACUGUGAAGGAUGUGUGCUCCUGGAGUCAGAUGGCAGCUGGAUGUUUGAAUUGUGGGGAGCCCCUUGAGGUGCUUAGGGUGAUUGGGAAGAUGAGAAGGGAUGGUGUGAAGCCUAAUAGGUUUACUCUUGCAACGUGGCUUAAUGCAUGUGCCAAUUUGGCUUCUUUGGAGGAAGGGCAGAAAGUUCACACCUUGAGAAUUAAACUUGGGGAUGAUGCUGAUGUAUGCGUGGAUAAUGCAUUGCUUGACAUUUGGUUGAGGCAAAUGAGGGAGGGACCUCUGCUUUGCACACCAAGAUAUCCAGGUUCUCGAUUACCAAAUCCUCUUGUUAUCUUACGGCACUGCUUCCUGCCAUGCAUUUUAGAAGGAUCGCCAGAAUGUGUAUAG